AUGUACGGGUCGCAUUCUGGUCAACAAGGGUCGGCUCCUUCGCAGCCCGAGUGGCGUCUGCCGUCCAAGACGCAGCGACCAGCGCAACAGUCGCAGUCUUCGCAGCAUCCUCCGCAACCGUCAUGGCGAGCUUCCUCUCCGCCUCCUCCGCCUCGCCCUCCCCGUCCAACAUCGUCGCCAUACGACCCCAAUAUCUAUGGCCAGAUCUCCAGUCCCUCGCCGGCUAUUAGUGUCGGUACAAGCAUAUCCCCAGUUCCUGGCGCUGCGGGCGCCGAUACUACGCAAUGGGGAGUCAAGUAUAACAGGCACCAACUUCAUGCGCAGUCACCCCCACCACUGCCCCCUCGACCCCCGAGUACGACACAACCACCGCAGGCGCAGUCUCCACUCGUGAGCCCCUUGGAUCCCACUCAGCAUUUACCAGCUAGCCAGGGUUUGGCGACCCAGCCUGCGGUAGACCCCUAUCAGCAGUGGUCAACAAACGCUCCAUAUGCAUCCCAACAGCCUGUCAAUUCUUUGCCGUCGCAACCCCCGCCGCCACCUCCUAUUCCCUCGGACUAUCAGAGCUCAAGUUCACAGCAGAGCAACUCAUGGCAGCAGCAGCAGCAGCAGCAGCAGCAGCAGCCACCACCGCAGCAACUACCGCCCCCCUAUUCCAGCGUCCCUCUCACUCAGUAUCAUGGUUCCCCGAUUCAGCAGUCGGCGACCUUGCCAAGCAACCCAACAAAUGCAGGGCCCAUUGCACCCGGCUGGGGCAUUUCGCAGAGCCCAGGUCCCCAGCAGACCGCCCAUUUGCCUUACCAGGAGCAGGUUCCUGUGGUAGCGACUAUUAGCACGGAGUAUGGAGUGUUACCAACUGCUCCUCCACCGGUGCCUCCCAAGACCAGCCCCAUCACUGCACCGACUAGUGCUUCCAUUCUGGGCUCUGGUGGUCCUUCCGACUGGGAGCACUUGUCGCCUACUCCAGGGAACGUCGAUGAUAUGGGAACUUUUGGUCCCAACCGCCAAGCGUCACCCUCUUUGAACUCGCCGUCCGGGGUUUCUUCGAGCCAGCCAACAACUCCAGCUAAGCCAACUAGGCAAGAAACGUCCAUUAGCUCUACCACGCCUACAGGUCCUCUCACCCAUGUUGGCGAGCAGAGUCAGGUUGAAGGCCCUUUAGGUAGUUCAAGCAUGGCGCAAGAUGAUCAGAAUUUACCCCCUCCAACCACAAUGGAAAGUGCUGGGUCUGUUCAUAGCCAUAUCUCCACUUCGGAACCACCUGAGAGCAUUGACGGCAUCAUCGAAGCUUGGAAUCGGCCUAUCACCUCGCAACCCUCCAUUGGGCAACAUCCUCAAAGUUUAGAGUCCCGAGCUGGAACAUCGCAGAAGCCUAGUCCCAUUGAAACCCCCAAGCCAAGACAGGAACUCACGCUCCCUCGCAAAGAAAUUCAGUCGGGGUCAGCCUCGGUAGAGGCAGAUACCGCCACCACUAAGGUUAAUACAGAAAAACGGACAAUUCUCCCCGCCUUUGUAUCAGUUGACCCGUACGAUGAUCUUGAUCCUUGGUCCAAAUCCUCGCUGGAACGUUACGUUGCAAUGUUGCGAAAAGAGGCGGUGGCCGAUUCCGAUGCAGAGCGUUUUAGUAUUUUCACGACUUUCAUGGCAAAAGAGACAAAACUACGAGAGAUCCUAUUCAAUGUUGAGCCUGACUCGACACCUGUGGAAGAUGUCGUAGGGGGUUCGCGACAACCAACGCCUUCUCUGCAGGAGCCGUCCAAUAAGCCUGAUGACAACAACCCUCCUGUGGAAACUGGGCUGAUACCCGUCGAAACCGAUGAUGACUAUUUUAUCUCAACCAAUGACCAUGGUGACUCGGGAGAUGGAAGCUACAGCCCCGGAGGGCGCCCGAUUCUUCCUACAACACAGACGCCUAGUGCAACCAGUCUGCGAAGAUCGGCUUCACGAUCCACCUCGGAGCCGCCCUCCAUGCUGAAUGAUUCGGAACGUGAACAUACUCUACCUCCUUUGACCACUAAUCCCCCACAGCCUAUUUACACCCCGUUCCGCUACACCGAAGGGCCCCAGCGAGGCUCCGACGAACUGGUGUUCGACCAGCCCGCCUACCAGGCCUAUUCAGCUCUGCGGCAGGCGUCGGCAGAGAGUGGACGGGUGAUGUCAAAUGCUCCAGCCUCAAUACCCCAGGAGAGAUCAAGUUCCGUGGUACCUUCGAGUCAAAACGAACAUGAUGAGACGUUUAUUGGACUUAUUAGGGAGAAAAGCAUUGCCUACCGCAAGAGAGCACCCCGAAAAACGUCCUCUCCUCCACCACUACCGGCUUCCCUCCGGCAGGGGAAACAAGCUAGUCCAGUCGACGAGCUGCGCUCAAUGGUGUUGUCGCCAUUAGCUAAGCAAGCAGAGAGUUCUUGGAACACGAGCACUAGAAAGAAACUGGAAAGUUUCUCGACUGACUUCGCUUAUAUCCGCGAGGCGGUGAAAUCUUGGGAGGUUACGAGUAAAUCUCGCAGAGAGAAACUGGACAAGGAGCGGAUUCAACGUCAGGAGGAGUCAGAAAAGCGCAUCGAUGCACUCUUCAACGGGAAGGAGAUCGGCUAUGCCGAUAUUAACGUGCUGGAGGAGGAGUUCCGUCAGAAGGAGGCUCGCGCCCAGCUAGAGGAAGAAAGACAGGAGCUGGAAGAAUUUGUGUCCAACGUUUUCGAGCCCUUAGAUCGGCGCUUGAAAGAAGAAGUAACCGCUCUUCAGGCGAUCUAUGAAUCUGCGCUUGCUCAGCUCGAUCAGGAAAAUGGCCGGGUCAAGAAGCCGAUCACUGACAAAUACAAUUUGUCGCAGACGAUGAAAACGGCGAAUGAGAUUUAUCGUAAGCUCGAGGUACGCUACCAGAAAUGUCUGGAAAUUGCUCUGGAUCGUGAACGCCGGCGGAAGAAGGCUGAAAGACGGCCUCUUGUUUUCAUGGGCGACUCGCUAGCCCUUAAACGAGUGGAUAAAGAAUUCGAUCAAAUGGAGAAGCGAAACAUCCUUGAAGCGGCCAGGGAACGGGAUGAGAGGGCCAAUCGACUGAUGGACUCCUUCGAUGAUGCCAUUAUGCAUGGUCUGGGAGAAAACCAGAGCCGCCUUGAUGAAGUUGCUGCGAAGGUGGCCAAGGUCGACGCUGCAACCAUUCGUUCGUCUGCGUUGUCCGAGUCCGAAGUUGAACAGCUGCUUAAGUCGGUUUAUGAUAUGGUUGAGUCUCUGCGUCAAGAUUCCGAGGCUAUCUUGCACAAUUUCGAUGUCGUUGAUUCGGUGCUCAAUGAUGCGGAUUACAGCGUUUCUGUCGCCGAGGCGCGUUGCUCGGACGCUGACGCUGACGUUUUCCGUCGGCUUGCUGACGAGAAACGGAAGGAAGAUGAUAAGAUCCAGGCGAAUCUGAAGUCCAAGCUGGAGAGUAUCAGGACCGGCCCGGCAAAGAUCGCCACUGGCAUAAACGACCUCCUUAAGUCUUUGGGCAAGGCUCCUAUCAUUGAACGGCCGGGUUCUUCACAGCCCCCUACCGACGCGCUUGCAUCAGCGUCCCAUCUCCCUACAGGUAAUAUUGCACCACGGAAGGCCGACGAAGACCCUGAGCACCAGGAGCGGCUCCGGAAAGCAUUGGAGAAUGCAAAAAAGAGAAACGCUGCGAGGAAGAAUACUGAAUCAAGCCGCCCUUGA